AUGAAUUCGUCAUUUUAUGAUUUAGGGAGGGUUGGCUUUCUGAAACACGAUGGUAAAUCAGAUGAAGACGACAAUGAAGAACAUGAGUAUGAUGAGGCACACCAGGGCAUAAUAUUUGCCAUUCAAUUGACACCCACAAUGUAUGAAAAUCUCCAUGUAAUCUUUAGUAAUAUUUUGGAAUUAAUUGAAGAACUUGCCAAGUUUGCUCCAAACACUGGAUUAGGUUGUUACUUAUUCAAUUGCUCAAAUAGACCAGACGAGGAUGAAUUAUCAGGAUUAAAAGAAGAGGAACUCAGGUGGAGAAAGCAAUUGUUUAUGGAUAGAAGAGGUGUGUACCCUAUAUUUCGUCUUAGUGAUAUUAAUGCACAUCAAUUAGAAAAAAUGAACACGAUUAUUGAACAGUCAAAAUUGGAAGUUUCUGCAACUGAUGACAAAACAAACUCUUUUGAAGAAAUGUUUAAUUUAUUGAGCACAGAUCCCCUAAUCAACUCUGGAGAGCAACUAUCAUACAUUUUUAACCAGUGCCAUGAUGAUUUUGUAUAUGUUCCUCGGUUUGUCAAGGAAUACACCUACAGAAAGAUAUUUCUUUUUACUGAUUGCGAUAAACCAUUCAAUGGAUCUACAUCCACUAGAACGACGUUGCAGAACAUAAUUCAUGAUCUAGAUACGGCCAGGAUAAGGAUAAGUCCUUUCUUGAUUCCUACGGAUACGGGCAAGCAGUUUGAUUUGGCGGAGUAUAAAAUUCUCCUUGAAGUGGGCGAAAUCAGUAAUCUGGAUCAAAUUAAAGGACAGAAAACUCACUAUAAGCCAUCAAUAGAACAGAUAUCACUUGAGAAAAUCAGAGAAAAGAUCGAAAGGACCCAACAAUUGCGAAGAUCAGUGUUUGCAUGCUCAUUGGUGCUGAGUAAUACAAUGACGAUUUCAAUAAGAGGGUAUCGAAUUUUUUCAGAGUCUACCGUUAAACUUCCUGAACAUUUCUAUGACGAUCAAGGAAUAUACAAAGUCGUUCAUAUAAAAACCUAUAAGCUCGCAGAAACAUCCGGCGAAAUAUUAGAUAAGGAUAAAGUGGAAUUCAAGAAGGUUUUUCCUGUGCAAGAUCAGUUCAUAGAUAUUGACAAGGCCUUCUGGAAUGAAAUUCUUCAAUUUAACGAGAAACAUAAACCAUUGCUACGUGUCAUAGGAUUUAGAGAUUUACAAUAUUAUAAUUCAAGUUACACUAUAGGGAAGCCAAUAUUUGUUGUUGGAGAUGAUAAUGGAUCGUUCACGCACUCUAACAGGACAUUUUCAGCCUUAUACCAGGCACUUCUUCACAAAAACAAGAUGUGCUUGGUGUGGGGAAUGCCGAGAAAACUUUCAUAUCCAUCAAUGUAUUAUAUGAUACCCACUGAUAGCACAUUGGAAAAGAGUGUUCCAGAGGGGCUGAUGAUGAUCCAGAUACCAUAUAGAGACCAGAUUCGACUUCUUCCAGAUUACAUAACUGCUGUUUUAAAGCCGUACAAAGUACUCAAGCAGAAUUUGUUUGAGAGGUUAACUACAAAAUUGAAAAGGAAUGGAUUCGAUCUUUCAGCCAAUCCUCAAUUAUUAUGGCACUAUAAAGUUUUGGAAGACUUCAUACUACAGCGGGAAGUGGAAGAGCCUGAAGCUUUGGAAAGUCUUACUGAAGUCAGUAAUGCGGACAAGGAAGACUUGAGAAAACAAAUUAGAUAUGACACAAUGGAUGACAUGAAACAAAGGAUCGAAAAAACGCGGGACGAUAUUCGUAAUGAUUCAGAAAUAAUGAGUCUAGUGAAAAGUUUAAAAACCAUGCUUAAUGGUAUUGCUAACUACGAGGAAUUGCAUAAAAUUUCACGGAAUGAUGAGAAGGAUUUACCGCCAAGCAAGCGGACAAAGCUACUUACGGAUGAUCUUGUGAUUAAGGCGUGGAAAUUGGGAUCACUAACAAAAUUCAGUGCUCAACAGUUACGAGUUUAUAUAAAUUCGAAACCGAACUUAAUUGAGAAGGCUCCAAAAAAGGCAGAGAUGAUCCAAAAUAUAUCAGAAUAUCUAGAAAGAGCGGCUGAUUGA